CUUCACUCAAAAUGAAGCAGAUUAAAAUUACCUUAGCUAAUCGGUAUCGGCUAGAAAGAUAUCUCGCCAGCGGUAGUUACGGCGAGGUCUUCGAAGCCAUCGACCUCAAGACCAACCAACAUGUUGCCGUCAAGGUCGCACCCAUCAAAAGGAGUAACACACUCCAGGUAGAAAAAGAGUUCUAUGACAGACUCCAACCGCGCAGAGGCGCUGGCAUGCUCAAAGUCCACUUCUUCUCCCAAGAGUGUGACGACUACCGCAUCUUGGUCCUGCCCCUUCUAGGACCCAGCCUCAAAGACCUAUUUUACUACUGUGAGGAACGGUUCACGUUGAGAACAGUCCUCCUGAUCGCGGACCAAGUGUUGGCAAGACUCAAGUUCUUACAUUCCCGGGAUAUUAUCCACCGAGAUCUCAAACCAGCUAAUUUCAUACUGGGGAGAGGAUAUGAUGGAAACACCAUCUACUUGGUGGACUUGGGCUGUGCUCUCAAGAAGGUGCAUGCGCCGGGUGAUCCGAUGCACUAUGGACGUAACCGGGAGGACCGAGUCUAUGGUACGAUAGGUUAUGCGUCUAAAGCGGCACAUAUGCUCCAAUGCCAGACGUACCGGGAUGAUCUGGAGAGUUUCGGGUACAUUAUGAUGGAGUUCCUCAACAAGCGGUUGCCUUGGGAAGACAUUGAAUCCACUGGGAGUCAAUCGAAGGAGGAGCUCAUAGGGCAGAUGAAAGAACAAAUACCAUUGGAUGACUUGUGUAAGAUUGAAUCGGAUGGUUCGGAGAAUUCGGAAAAUUCGGAAAAUUCGGAUGAUCCAAUUAAACCGGAUGAUUCGGAUGUCUUCAAGAAGUAUUUCGAGUACAUUCGGAAGCUGCGGUAUAACCAGCGGCCAGACUACACUUGGCUCCAGAACCUAUUCCGCUUGAAAUUUCGAGAUAAGAAAUACAAAUACAAUCAUGUGUACGACUGGACUGAGAGGAAGUUUGAGGAGUUUAAGUCAGCGCUUCCUGAGGGUGCUGAGGGUACUGAUGAUGCUGGUGGUGCUGAUGGUGCUGAUGGUGCUGAUACUGCUUGAUCUUUUUAAUUUUUACCAUCUGCUUGACUUCAGCAUCUGCGUACUUACCUACCGAGCGGAGAAUACGGCACCAAACUCACUACCCUUCUUGUCCCCAUAC